UUAUAAGUAGAAGAAAUGGAAGCAAGUCUUGUUAGUCAGGAACACGCUGCUCUAGAGGUUGCUAGCAUGUCCUUGGUGGAGAGUAAAUUGCUCACUCAACAGCUGCUCUUUGUGCUCUGCAUGUCCUUUAAUGCCUUAGCUGAUAAGCAUCAAGAACUCUGCAGAGGAACUCACUGCGGCACCAACAACUUAAUAUGCCAAUACUUGAAGAAAUUAAGCAGCGAGUGCUUACCAGGAACGAAGCUGAUUAACCUGGCGCCCCAUCAGCAGCAGAUCCUGCAUCUGCUCAACAAUUACCGCAACAAGGUGGCCGCGGGAUACACGAAAACUCUGCUGCCCGCUGCGCGAAUGGCGCGCAUGGAUUGGUCUGAGGAGUUGGAGAACUUGGCCACCAUUUAUGUAGCUCAAUGUGCCACCAUAAUACAGCCCUGCAUGUCCUCGCCACAAUACACGACCAUUAGCAGCAUCUACGAUGGCGUAAGCUUCGCGGGAAUAUACAGAUCAAGCCUGCUCCCUAUGUUACUAGAGGAAACCAUCAAAGUUUGGUUCGAGGAUACACGAUUUGUCACCAGGAGUAUGGUGCUGCAGCUUCCAACGAGUCUGAGUAAAAAAACCAUGCGGCAAGUGGCGCUGCUGAUGACGGAUCGCAACAGUCACGUGGGCUGCAGCGGCAUCUUCUUUGUGAGAGGUAUUUCGAACAACUUUCGCCUGGUCUGCACCUUUGCCACCGAUCUCAUGAUUGAUAAGCCCAUCUAUAACGUAUCCUCGCCACCUGGCACUCACUGUGCCAGGCAGGACGACAGUUACGAAAAUCUUUGCGCCCUCGGCGAGCAGUACAACAAUCACGAGCCUUACGUUGAAAUGAGGAUGCUCGACUCCCCCCGCCUACAGCUUUUCGCAGCCUUAAUGUAAAGUGCAAUAAACUAUUCCCUGUGGACUUUCUCAACUAUCUAAUGUGCAGUUGGCGUGCAGCUCGAGCGAGUUGCGAGCUAUAA